AUGCCCCUUACCCUACCCGACAUCCUGCAGCGAGGCGCAGUCUUGACAUCGCUAGCAGCCUGCGGCUAUGGUGGUCUCCUCAUCGCCCAGGGAUUCUCAGUCCGAGCGAUGAGAAGAAGAGAAGAAACGCAUAAGCUUGAGCAAGAACGAUUCCAGUUUGAGGCUGCUGGCGGGCAGUUCCCACCACCGAACGCGAACGGCUCGAUGCCUUCAUAG